AUGUUUCUCAUGAACGCCCCUCCUGUGGUUGCUCUCCAGUCAAAAUGGGAGGCCUUUGGCACACCGGGGGGCUUUAGGUUUCCUGGGUGCUUCUCGGAGCCAAAAGAGGGCGUCUCGAGAGCUUCAGUGAGUGCCAAAGUGCAGAUGGUCAUCAGCACACUCCAGAGGGACGAGGCUGCUCUGGGCAUGAGCGAUGAGCUUGCCCUGCAGAGAAGCCAGAGGGCAGAGAAAGGCCGGGACACCAGGCUGGCCGCCACCCCUGCGUUUGCUGCCUGUGGUCUCAAUGCUGAUUUUGUCCCCUCGAGGGAGGAGGAGGCUGCAGACUUUGGCCCCUUGGUGCUGGAUUCGGACAGUGACGACUCGGUGGACCGGGACAUUGAGGAAGCGAUCCAGGAGUACCUAAAGGCCAAGAGCGGGGCCGUCCAGCCACCUGGGGCCACAGAUGGGAGCAGGCGGUCCAAACCAGAGGUUCCUCUGAGUAGUGCCCCGACUGCCCCAUGUCCCCUGAAGUUUGCACCCAGCUCAGGAGGCGCCCCUGGCAGCUGCGUGGGAGCCGGCCAGGACCGGGGCUCCGCCUCCCCGGUUAGUGUUAGCAGCGACGACUCUUUCGAGCAGAGCAUCCAGGCAGAGAUUGAACAGUUUCUGAACGAGAAAAGACAACACGAGACCCCAAGAUGUGAUGUUUCCGUGAACACGAAACCAGACCCCAGCGAUAAUGCAGCCAGAUCAGCAUUUAGAUCCAGCAAAGAGCCGACAGCCAAGGCACAUCGGCCGGAAGUAAUGGGACCCUGCAAGGACUUUCUCUUCCGGAAACCUCCCAGGCUAGCAAAGGUGAGCACACGGCCCCGAGGCCUCAGGUCCAAGGCCACUGCUGAGCCAGAGAGUGCGGACAGCGCGAAGCCAGCCACCGCUGCCGGCCGCCCUGCGGAAGCAGCCCAGAAUAAAGGCGUGGUCAGGAGGAGCGCCGGGCGGAGGACGAAGCGAGCCAAGAGUGCGGCCCUGGUGUGCAAGGCGUCCGGCUCCAGCAGUGAUGAUGGCAUUGAGGAGGCCAUCCAGCUGUACCAGCUGGAGAAGAGGAAGGAGGCGGGCAGAGACCCGCCGCAGAGAACGCCGCUCGGGGAGGGGAAGGGGCCUGACCCUCCAGCACACAGCACAGGCCACUCCACAAAAGGUGCUUUGCCCGAAACCCAUAGGAAAACACCAGGCAGGAAGAAGCAGGUGGUCCCAAAGGCCGUGGACCUUAGCCCAGGUGGCCCUGACCCUGACCACCCCUCCAAGCCACCCAGAGAUCCCAGAGCUGCCGAAAACGAGCUUGUGGAUCAGCCGCCAUGCCGGGCAGACACGUCCGCUGAGCUGAUGUGCGCCGAAGCAAUCUUGGACAUUUCCAAAACCAUCCUGCCGGCCCCCGCGGGGGGCAGUGAGAGACCCCAGCCUGCCAGCCCACUCUCCUGCCCCCUAACCGUGCCUUCCCGCUGUGACGGGGACAGCAGCUCUGUGGACAGCAAUGACAGCAUAGAACAGGAAAUCCGGACAUUCCUGGCUCUGAAGGCUCAGUCAGGGUCUUGGCUGGCCCGAACAGAGAGCUUCCCGCAGACCACACCGAGCCCAGCGCCGCCACCUGGCCCUAGGGUCCCCAGCUCUAAAACGCUGGGCCUGUCGCUGAGCUGCAAAAGGAAACGCAGAGGAGUCAGCCAUGCUGUGCCACCAUCCACACCUAAGAAAGCGAGAGAGACGGCGCAGGAGGGCGCCCGGGAUGCCGACCACAGCCCCGUGAGCACACAGCCUGGCCAGGCCCCCAGGGCGGAAAGCCAGACCAGGGGCCAGCCCCUCCCCUGCAGGCCGCUUGAGCUGGGUGACCAGCACGGUGGCCCCAAUGCCAGGGGCAGCGUGUGGCCUGGCCACGGGAAGGCAGCCCCAGCGAGGAGCGCAGGGGAGCAGGGGAGCUCUGCAGACAAGAGCAGCUCCCUGGACAGCGACGAGGACCUGGACACUGCCAUCAAGGACCUACUGCGGUCCAGGCGGAGGCUCAAGAAGAGAUGGAAGGACCCCAGGGCCGCGUGCAAGAGGAAGGUCAGGUUUAGCACCACUGAGCCCCAGUUCUUGGAUAAACUAGGCGGCUUCCGGAAAGACUGGAAGGACAGAAGCCCCCGUCUAUUGAAAAGCUGCCUCUCGAAGCCCAAAAAGGACAGCAGGGAGAACCUAGGGAAAAAGCCUUUGAGCGUCUCCUGCAGAGACACAGAGAGAACCAGGGCAGACGGCGCCGGCCCCGGGGAUGCGCCCCCCGCCCCCCAGCUCAGGAGAAAAGCCUCCGAAGGGAAUCUGUUCUGCCAUGAAGCUGACGCCUGUGAACUUCAAGGUGCAGCCCCCAGCUCCCAGCCUCCGCCCGAGGACAGCAGCUCCGUGGACAGUGACGACAGCAUCGAGCUGGAGAUCAGGAAGUUCUUGGCUGAAAAGGCCAAGGAGUCUGGGAGCGGCUCAGAAGCCCCAGGAGGGGGCCCAGGCACCCCGGGGAUGGGGAGCGUGCCCAGGCUGGAGCUGCCGUGCCAGAAGGUGCCAGCACCCGCCCUUGCCCUUCACCCCGGCGUGUGCACACGGAGCCAGCGGGGCAGGGGCGGGCCUCAGCUGGCCGGAGGCCUGGAGGACACGGGGAGAGCCUGCCUUCUGGGCGGGAGGAGCAGCCCCCGCACAGAGCAGGCCUGCCUCCCUGCAGCUGUGGCCAGGCGCGCCAGUGUGGGGGGGGCCCUGUGUGCCAAAGGGCCAGCUGCUGGCCGGCGACUGGUUUGCACUCACAAAGAUCAGAGCCCGAGAGGGACCGAGCGUGCCAGGGAACGUGCUGUCGGGUCGCUGCCCUCUCGCGUUCAAGCGGGCGCCUGGGCAGAAAGCCCUGGUGUGGCCUUUGCUGUGACCACGCAGGGCCAGAGCCCACGGACUCGGAAGCCGGGAGCAGAUGGGCUGGGGAGCCCCCAGGCUGGCCUUGCCCUCCCGUGGGCCGACUUUGCCCACCAGAGUCGGUUGCAGAGCAUGUGGGCGCUGAGCCCUGAAGGCAGGGAGGCUGUGUGGAGAGGGGGCCUCGGGGGCCAGAGAGACCAGGGGCCGGAAUGCCAGGACCCCAAGAAAGGCCUGCCCUUCACGGGCUUCUCCUCGCUGCUGUCCACACAGCUAUUCCACUUUGGAAAGAGCGCCUCCUGGGGGGGCAAGCCUGCCAGUGUCUUCAGCCCGCCCCUGAGUCUGCCCCUGCAGGGCCCAUCCUUCUCGGCCUUCAGAGAGACCCCGGCGGGCCACAGUCCCGUGUUUGGAAGCUCACACCUGCUCGCGAAGAAGGAGGGGGGACACUGGCCCAGCCGGAAGUCCCAGGCGGCAUGCACUCUGCACGCCAGGAGGAACUCAGGCUCUGAGGAGGACGUUCUAGACCUGAGGUACAGGCGGAGGGCCAUCAGUGGAGGUGAUGAGGCCCAGGAUGCCUUGGGCAGUGAGUCCAGUGAGCUCAGUGACACCUCCGUGGAGGAGGGCGGUGGCCCGGAGGCCAAGGGCAAAGCCCUCCAGCCGUGAGGACGCUCACUGGCUCCGUCUUCACGGGAAGCAGACAGACACGCGUGUACCUGUGUGUGCGUGUGACGCUCACCACCCCAGGACAGAAACCGGAGGCCACUCUGCGCCGCCCUGUACAUAUUAUGUCCACUGGGAGCCAUGGUGUUAUUUAACGAAUGUGUCCUGGAAAAUAUGAUUUUUGUAGCUUUUUUGUAAAUUAUUUAAAGUGCUGUAAAAAAUAUUUUUGGA